UACCGCUGUGCUGACGUAGCAGAGCUCCCAGCGCGAGCAACAAAGCAGAGCUGCUUUUAUUUAUCUUAACCCAAUCUAAUAGAUUUUCUAUCCGUUGUAAUAAAGUUUUGAUAUUUAGUUUAUUGGAAAUUUAAGUGGAAGGAUACAUGCAGUGGUGGCAUCUUCUCCUAGCGGCAGCUGGUGGCCAUGCUACUCCAUAGUUAGCCGGGGUUAGCUAGCCGGGGUUAGCUAGGUCCGGGUGACGGGGAGAGAGGACCGUGGGCAAAAAGCAGCUGAUUAUCGACAGACGAGGGAAACAAUAUUAAUAUUUUUAAAAAUAGCAUAAAAAUCUGGAAUUUGGUUUGUUUUUUCAGUAGAUGGGAUAUUAAGGUAAUUACCAGCCUUUUUGUCGCUAAGUUAAAGUAGCUGAUCUCUGACUGAGGGAGCAGAAAACCCGCUACGAUGAGCUCCGAAGAGGCAGCAGCGCCCAGCAAAGCCGCUCCGGAUGAAGAUGGCAUGACCUGGUGGUACAGAUGGCUCUGCAAAAUCGCCGGGGUUUUAGGAGGAAUAUCCUGUGCUGUAUCAGGAGUGUGGAACUGCGUCACUGUAAACCCUUUAAACAUCGCUGCUGGAGUAUGGAUGGUGUUGAAUGCCUUCGUGCUGUUCCUUUGUGAGGUCCCAUUCUGCUGCCAAUUCAUAGAGUUUGCAAACGCGAUCGCAGCCCGCGCAGACAAACUCAAACCCUGGCAGAAAGCCCUCUUUUACUGUGGGAUGGCCCUGUUUCCCGUGUUCCUGAGCUUCUCUUUUACGACCUUGUUUGGAAACGCCAUCGCCUUCGCUACCGGCGUGCUUUAUGGCCUCGCAUCCUUAGGCAAAAAGGGAGAUGCUGUGACUUAUGCCAGACUACAGCAUCAGAAGCAGGGGGACGACGAGAGGAUGGCAGGGACAGUAAAUGGAGCUCCAGAGUGAGGCAGCGCCUGUUGCAGUGUUUCCAUCGUGUUGUUUUGCAGUUUUUACUUGAAACUUUUCCUGCCGCCAUUCCUUUCGUUCCAUCUGUCUGAUUUUAUUCUCCAACACUACAGAACUGUUGUAAUGUUUAUUUGUUUGCCUGGUCUGGUGCAUGAACCCAGUAACAUAAACAUACCUUGAUGGAUACCAGAUGGGAUUUUUUUCAAUAUGGCUCAAAGUAUUUAACUACAGCUAUGUUUUAAAUUCUCCAUUUA